CAAUGUAGAAGUUUCCAGCGAACUCAAUGGCUAACCAAUCCGCUGUCUCCGAGUUCGUCCUCAUUGGUUUCCCAGGUCUCCAGCAGAGCUUCCAUAUUCCUGUCUCCAUCACGAUGUUCAUGGUCUACAGCAUUUCCCUGAUUGCAAACAGCAUCGUGCUAAUUCUGAUUAUCCUGAAGAGAACGUUGCACCACCCCAUGUACAUCAUCAUUGGAAACUUGGCUUUCUCUGACCUGCUCUUCGACACAAUGACAUUGCCUAAAAUCAUAGCCAAAUAUUGGUUUGAUGCCGGGUCUAUCUCUUAUUAUGCGUGCAUCUUCCAGCUCUUCUGUGUCCAUUACCUUGGCACCAUUGACUCCUUCAUCAUUAUGCUGAUGGCUAUUGAUCGUUAUGCGGCUAUCUGCAAACCUCUCAGGUAUCACUCCAUUAUAACCAAUAGGUUGGUGGUUAUUUUGUGCAAUCUCUUCUGGAUCAUCACCAUCUUCAUUGUGUCCCCAAUUGCUGUUACCACAGCGCAGCUUCCUUACUGUGGCCCAAAGACCAUCAGGAACUGUUUUUGCUCCAACAUAUCCCUCACAGCUUUGGCCUGUGCUGAUAACUCAUUUGCAGUACAGCUAGGUUAUAUUGCAGCCAUGCUGGUUCUCCUGCUACCAUUGGCCAUUAUAAUACUCUCCUAUAUUCUCAUUAUUUGGGCCGUGCAUUCAUUAUCCAGGGAAGAGAACUGGCAGAAGGCAUUCUACACAUGUACUACUCAUUUGUUUGUUAUUGCCUUGUUCUACAUUCCUAGGGUGUUUGUAUAUACUUCUGCUCAGCUCCGACUAAUCCUUAAUCCUGAUAUCAAUGUCCUACUCCUCUGUCUCUACACCUUCAUUCCCCAUGCUGCCAACCCCAUAAUAUACUGCCUUAGAACCAAUGAAAUUAAAGAUAUCCUUAAGCGUACAUUUCAGAUUAGAUUCUGCAUUACAAUUAAGCAGAAGUCCCCAGGGCUGCAAUGAUUUCACAUAUUUCUACAAACCAAAGUUACGCUUUCUUUGUAAUGAACAGUUGAUACCAACUUAGACUGUAAGAUCUUUGGGGCAUGGGAUUCCUUCCAUUUAGUUAACUAAUACCUGGCAUAUACAGUAUAUCAAUGAGAAGUAACAUAUAUGUCUUGUAAUUGCUACAAUCACUCACUGUCUGUUAAAAAUGUAUUGAAUUAAUAAAAGC